AUGGCCAGCAAGGCUGCUCGCACACGGUUGACCCGAGAGUACAAGGCGAUCUCCGAGAACCCGCCACCAUACAUCACGGCGCAUCCAUCGGAAUCGAAUAUUCUCGAGUGGCACUACAUCAUAACAGGACCCGAGGAUACUCCUUACCAUGGCGGCCAGUAUUGGGGCACUCUAAUGUUCCCUCCCGAGUACCCUUUCAAGCCCCCCGCGAUCCGUAUGCACACGCCCUCCGGCCGAUUCCAGCCCUCGACUCGUCUGUGCCUCUCCAUUUCCGAUUUCCAUCCUAAGAGUUUCAAUCCGGCUUGGGAGGUCUCGACAAUCCUGAUCGGCCUCCUCAGCUUCAUGACCAGCGAAGAGAUGACCACGGGUUCGAUUUCAGGAACCGAACUGGAGAGGAAGGCUCUCGCCGCCAGGUCCCGCUGGUGGAACUCUACUGGUGGCGGAUCUCAUCUUAAGGCCAACCCUGCCCUGAAGGGCAACGUCAAGGCUGGCGAUGGCGGGGCGAAGUUCCGCGCCGAGUGGCCCGAGAUCGACCAGGAGAACUGGGACUGGAUCAAGAAUAACAACAUCGACCAAGCAACCGGACGAGUAUCUCUCCAGCUUGCCUCUUCGUGCCGACCUCAGCUCGGUAUUCCCGUUGCUGCUGGAAGCGCCCACCAGACCCAGGCUGUAGUCGAUGCCGUGGUUAACCGCCGGGACGCCGGCUCCAGCUGGGCGAGCAGACAUAGACUGCUGCUCUUUGGCGGAGUCGUUUUCCUUUACGUUCUGAUUGUGCGUUUGGUGGGUAAUAGCGAUUGA